CCCGGCGCACCGAGCCGCAGAGCUCGCCGGACGAGGGGCCGACGAGGGGCCGCCUCCUCCCGCCGCCAGCCCCGGGGAGCUGCGCGCCCGCGCACCGCCGCCCCCGCGCAGGGACACGGCCGCCCCAUGCCUGCGCAUCUGCUUCAGGAGGAGGAGCUCUCCUCCGCUUCCAGCACCACCGCUGUCGGCACCGUCACCUCCCGGGUGACCAGGAAUGGGGAUGCCAUCAUGGAGAAGGACUUACUCAAUCACGAGGACUUGGCAGGAGACCGGGGCAUGAUAGACGAUAUCUUUGAUGAGACCUACCGGGAGAAGGAGGGCCCGAAGCCCCCCAUGCGAUACGUCUGGAGGAAUAUCAUACUCAUGAGCCUGCUGCAUCUAGGGGCCAUAUUUGGGCUGAUGCUGAUCCCUUCGGCAAAGAUCCAAACAUUGGUGUGGGCCCUUCUGUGUUUCGUGGUGAGUGCUCUGGGGAUAACAGCUGGAUCUCACCGCCUCUGGAGCCAUCGGUCCUACAAAGCCACGCUGCCCCUACGGAUUUUCUUGACUAUUGCAAACUCCAUAGCCUUCCAGAAUGACAUCUACGAGUGGGUCCGGGACCACCGUGUACAUCACAAGUUCUCGGAGACAGACGCGGACCCUCACAACGCCAUGCGGGGCUUCUUCUUCUCCCACAUUGGCUGGCUGCUGGUACGCAAGCACCCCGACGUCAUAGAGAAGGGCCAGAAGCUGGACCUGAGCGACAUAAAGGCUGACAAAGUGGUGAUGUUCCAGCGGAGAUACUACAAGCCCUCGGUGGUGUUGCUGUGCUUCACGCUGCCCACUGUAGUGCCCUGGUACUUCUGGGACGAAUCCAUCAUCAUCAGCUUCUUCAUUCCAGCCAUCCUGCGCUACGCCGUAGGGCUCAAUGCCACUUGGCUAGUGAACAGUGCUGCUCACAUGUUUGGCAACCGGCCAUAUGACCAGCACAUCAACCCACGGGAGAACCCCCUGGUCAGCCUGGGGGCCUUAGGAGAAGGCUUCCACAACUACCACCACACCUUCCCCUACGACUACUCCACCAGUGAGUUUGGCUGGCGCUUCAACUUAACCACAGCCUUCAUUGACCUCAUGUGCCUCCUGGGGCUGGCCAGUGAUCGCAAGAAGGUCUCCAAGGAGGUCAUCCUGGCUCGGAAAAUGCGGACUGGAGAUGGGAGUCACAAGACUGGCUGAGUUCCUGCUCCCCUUCACACACACAUCCACACCUCUCCUUCCUCCUUUUCUCUCCCUUUCUCCCUGACCCCUCCGAACACGCUGGACAAAGGUUUAAUGUUCUGUUUACUAACUACUGAAUAAUGCUACCAGUUUGCUUAAGAUAAUGAUAAUGAGUUUUAACCCCCCUUCCACGCUGUAUUUUACGUGAUGUAUUUAACUUCUAGGACUCUGCCUUUAUAAUGCAAGGCCACCCCUUUCCCUCCUCUUCUCUUCCUUUCCAUGCUUUCUCUCUAGUCCCUCUACCCCCUCUCCCGCUUUAUGUUGUCCCGGUCUCUCCCUGGCAGAGGAGCUGGUAGGAAGCAGCCCAGGGAGGCCAGUCACAGCCGGCUACGUACCACGGAGUUAAGGGAAGCCUGUAGCAGCCAGCUGAAGAGUUGAGGCAGUCAGUGACCCUCUCCCCACCACCUUCCCCCCAAAACCCCUUCUGCUGUCCCUCUUCCUUUCUCAAGGGCUGCUGACGCACAUGGCACAGCUAAACUGCUCUCCCUGGGAAAAGCAACCUUGUCCCCUUCCCUUGCCAUUGGAAAGGGAGUUGUCUCUUCCCAAGAUGUCUCUUGGGAAGUGUUCUCUGCCCCCUCCCCACCACACAGCCUCUCUGGCUGGCGAGAGGAGAGCCCCCAGGCUCUCUCAGAGCUCCAGACAGGUCUGCUGGUGGCCAGGGGGGAUCUGGUGGCGACAGUGAGCACUGGAGGGGGGAGCCCUGGUGGCCUUAAUACCUCUUUCUCUGGCAUCACAGCCUCCCUCCCCGCACUGCCCGCUGUGCCCCAUGCCGCCAGGGACGGGAGGCAGAGCCUGGCUCCUUCGGAGCCCCUUUGGUGAGGCACAGCGUGGAGGGAGACAGAUGGAGGGGUGUGCUGCUGGCUGCCGUGGGGCAGCACCGGCCCGGGGUGGUUUUGUUUGCUGCUGCCGCUGAGAUUUUUGCCAGCAAACAGGAUUUUGCCAAAAUGGAGAGGGGGAGAAGGAUGUAAACCAAAGCUCCACCACUGGGUUAAGGUGCUUUAUGUCCUGGAGGAGCAGGGUCCCCGCUGGGUGGCAGGCAGAUGUCCUGGUGUCCCUGCCUGCCCUGCAGGUCCGCAUCCUUUGCUGAGCACAGGGACAGGGCGAGGGAGCACCAGCCAGCCUAGGGACGGGUGAGGGUGUCCACGGGAGCAAGCCCUCCCCAUCCUCAUGGGCUCCGCUCGGUCAAUUAACAAGUGCCUGAGAAACACCAAUGUGGGGCCAGGCAGCAGAGGGGCCUUGAGGGAGUCGAGACCUCUGAGAUGAGAUGCUGCUGCCAGUGUGGGCCACCUCCAGGCUUUUCUGCCCAGGGUCCACCAGAGUGGGUUGCAGUUCCCUGCUCCUCUGAGGGACUGGAAGGCACUCCUGAGGGAGCAGGCAGGGGAGGUGAAAGCAGCUCCUUGUUAGUCCCUUUACUUGCCUCCCAGCCCCCUCAGCAAGCCUUCUUGCCAUCCUUCGCCAGGGUGGCGGGCAGCGAGGGUGGCUGAGCCUGCGGAAUGGUCAGGUAUAUCACCGAGCUGAUGUGGCCACGGAGCUGGAGGGUGUGCUGGUUGUGGGUCUUGUUUCCUGCAAGUUGCAGAGACCACAGCUUGCAUUCAGGCGGUGGGUAGGUUCUGGGCAUCAUGGCCCCAAGCCCCUCACUGGGCUGAACAUGGUUCUUCCCCCCCUUAACUCUCCCCAUUAUUAUUAUUAAUUUUUAUUACUAUUAUUAGUUGUAGCGAUAGUAUUGUUUUUGUUGCUUAAGUGCAUCAAAUGGAGCUGGAGGAAAGCACAAGAGGUGGCCGGAACGAGGUGAUGUCAGAGUGGCGUUUGCAGCAUCGCCCUUAUUCAGGCAGGCCAGGUUGGGCAGAGACAAGAGCUCAGCUCUGCCACAUAGCAGCCAGGCAAGCUUCACGGGAGCGAGUCUCUGCAGCUUUGCUUGCUCCUGCUUCCGCAAACCUCACCAGGAGCCAGGACAGCUCUGCUAUGCUCUCCUUGGCAAGAGAACACGCGUUACUCAGAAAAUAAGUCCUUCUCCUCUCCUUUCCCCUCCCUGCCACUGCCAUGGCCUUGCUAUUGCUCAGCAAUGGGACCCUUUGAGGUUCUGAGCCACCAGGAGCGAUGUGGUCUCCCACCGAGAGGUACAACAGGGAAGAAUGAAGCAUGGAGCCCUUCGGCUCAUGGUGUCAGGGGACAGAAGCCUUACUGCUCUGAGGCUCAUGGCUGCCUGGGGGCUGGCUGGGGCGAAGGGGCUGUGGCUGGGAUUGUAGCCUAGCAUUUAACAAAAGAAAAGCCCCCCCAGAAAAGAGAUGUGUUGUUAGCUCUCUAAUUGUGGGCUGACUUCAUGCUAGUCUAAACACUUCUGAACUGAUGGAAGUCUCCAGAGAGGCUGAAUUUCCUCCAGCCAGUAAUUUGAAAGGGGUGUGGGGAGGGGAGAAGGUGAGGAGAACGAUUUCCUCGCUCCUGGUGCCCUUAACGUGGUGUGUGACAUACCCUACGGUAGGGAAGCAUGCCGUGACAUGCUGCAAUAUUUCGCAUCCUCUCAGCAGAGAAGCAGGGUUUGACAUCAAGGGUUCCUUUCAAAUUUCAAGAGCUGAUGGGGCUCCAGAAUCUGGAAUGAGGGUGGAAGCUGAGGAGCAGUAACCAAACAGUCCUGGUGUUUGCCCAGUCACUUUAAAGGUAGAUUGGCAAAUAUCUCUGGGUGCCUUAAAUCUUUCUUUAAUAUACAUAGAAGUAUUGACAGCUAUUUGCCGUAUUUUUUUUUUUCUGAAUUACGAACAUUCGAGGGGUUUCUUAAUUAUUUAAUUGCCUACAUUGAACUGUGGGUGCAGGUGAUUUUGAAUGUAUUUGAGUUAGAAUUUUUGUUAGAUUAAGAAACAGAUACAACACUUUAAGUAGAACUUUGAGAUAUAUAUAUAUAUACACACACACAACUAUAAAUAUAUAUAUAUAUUUUUUGGUGGCAUGUUUGUAUCCUGGACGCAUUGUCUGUAUGUUUUAGCCUAAAUGAGUCUGUGAGAGGUAGAAGCAGAGACGGCAGCAGUGGGACCUCGUGGCUAGAGCGGCCGUUCUCCUGGGGCCUGGUCAUGGCUUAGCUACUCCCUCGCUGCGUGAUUUGGGACAACGACACUUAAAACCUCUCCGUGCCUCAGUUUCCCCGCUGUAAGAGGGGACUGUGCCCUGCCUCCCAGGGGUGUGGUGCGGCUCGCUGCCGCCCGCCCCGAGCACGGCGUACGUACCGCACACAGACACCGCUGCGGGCAGAAGCACGGACUGGUUUGUUCUCCAGAGUCGUUCCCAGCCCCGCUGGUAUCGUGAAGAGCAGCUGUCCAAGUGUUGGGUGUUCAGGGAAAGAUUGGAAAGUUGAAUCUGCACAUUGUUUAAGCUCUGUCACUGUUGAAAUGUGAGUAGGAUAUGAUUUUUCACAGCUUAGGGAUUUCUGCAUAGUAGUAUCUCUGUUUUGUGUACUGGAAAAGAAAAAACAACUUUUUGAAAUAAUUUCUACUAAUACGGAAACAGACGUCUGGUUGUGCUGAUCUUAAAUUUUAUUUGUUCAUAAUAAAAAUGUUACUUUAAAACUC